CCCGUUCCCCCUCACCCCACAUAACCAGCUCCGCAAAGGAAAUUUGAGAGGGGGGGUUAACGCUGUUUUUACACACUCCCCCUGCACCCUGUAUCCCUCCUCGCCGCGCUUCUUCUCUGGGGCGUGCGCCGGGCCCUGUCACCGCGGCCGGACGCGGAGGGUGGAGCCGAGCCACCGCCUCCUCCUCCUCCCGCUCUCCUUCCGGUAUACGCGGCCUCGGCGUUACGCGAGCGCGGGGAUCCAGUGCGGCCUGUGGGCAAUGCCUGCCGCGAUGACCGGGGAGGCGAAAACGAAGCUGUCCAGGAACCUGCUGCGCAUGAAGUUCAUGCAAAGGGGUUUGGAUGCACAAACUAAAAAAGAACUAGAAGAAGAAGAAAAGAAGGUCAUUAAUGAAGAACACUGGUAUCUUGAUGUACCAGUUAAAAAGGCGAAAGAGUCCUUUAUCGUAGAAGAGCGAAGCUUUGUGCUAUGUGAGGAACUACUUUAUGGCAGGAUGUCCUUCAAAGGAUUCAAUCCAGAAAUUGAGAAGUUAAUGAUCCAAAUGAACUCUAUGAAUAAGAAAGAAGAAAUUGAAGUGGAUGAUAAAAUGGAGGCUGAUGUGUCAGAUGCAGAAAUGGCCAGAAGAUAUGAAACGUUAGUGGGAACAAUAGGGAAGAAAUUCAUGAGAAAAAGAGACCAGCGUGUACUCGUGGAUGAAGAAGAUUGUGAGAAUAUUGAGAUAAGGCCUAGCAGAAAAGCUAAGAAAAAGUUCUUAAAACCUCGGGACUAAUGUCAGCUGCACCACUGGAGUUAAUAGAGACAUUAUCUACUGAAUACAGUACCACAAACUGAGAUUUUUUGAAGUACUUGCUGUUUAGUAUAAAGGAUAGCUUUGUAAACCUGAGUCAGUUCUCAUUGAAACUUUUACCAUCCACAUGAAUAAACAUUUUUCGGAGGAGAUGUGUAUAUAAUGGAUGUCAUACAUACUUACCACUCUCAGCAGCUUCUCCUGUGCACUAAUCCCAUCAUAUUUUUUAAAUGUUGUGCAUAACUAGAUCAAGUGUCACAUGCAAUUGAGAGCAACGUUAUUUACAAUUUAUGAUAACAUCUGAAAAAGUAUUUGGAGUACAGCUUUGUCCAAUCCACUACAGCAGUUCAGCUUUGACUGCUUUAUUUAUUAUGAAAAUGAAACCUUUGCUGUCUUCAAAUUGAAAGAAGACCCCAGAAACACGUUUUUUUCUUUUUUGGGGGUUUUUUUCUAUGCUAAAAAUAAGAUGGGAAAAAAACAGAGAUAAAAUCAAUUUUGUUUAUUUUUUAUAAAGCUCAUUUAAAAAUAGAAGGGCUUGUAAUAAAACUACUUGGUUUUUUUAAUAAAUACAUAGAGCAAGCCAAAUAUUGGGCAACAUUUACAGUUUGACACGAGCAGAUUGUGAGUCUUAAUUUCUGUCUUCAACAAAAAGUUUGCUAAUCUUGUCUCUUUUUCAGCAAAAAAAAAUCCAGUCUUACAAUUAUCGAGGUCUUGUCGUAAAAGCAUAAUAAUGGCUUCAGAAACAUUUGAAAGCUGAAUAAAAACUGAUGUUUGUGUGUGUGUGUGUGUGUUUAAUGCUUGUGGUUUAGCUAAUUUAAAGUAAAAAAUGAUGUUUAAUAAGUUCUGAUAUAAGAGAUCCUAUUUUAUGCUGGUCACAGAUGUCCCUAAAUAUUAGUUGACUGCAUGACUCUUCCUGCUCAGCGUGCGAUGAAGCCAGCUGAAGUAAUGUUAGGACAAAAACAUCCUGCUGUUUGAUCAGUCAGUGCUCUGAAAAAUGUCAGUGUAGUCUUGGCUAAAAUUGUAGCAAUUCUCUCUACCCUGCCUUUCAACAGGAAAUAUUUCUUUCUAUUACUUCAUUUCCCCAGCUAGAUGUCUGAGUUACUUAUCCUUAAUACUGAUUCUCUGGAGAAAGAGGAGUUCUUUUAAAUUGAAGCAAGUAGUGGCCAUUCUGUUACAGGUACAAGAGGCUUUUUGGGUUUUUUUCUUUCUAUAACAACUCUGUGAAGCAAGAUGUAAAACUCUAUUUUAUAAAGAGGGAGACUUUGUGUGUCUGCUGGUUUUUGCCUGUGAUAUAUGAACUACCUGUAUAUCACGAGCACCUCAUUAGAUAUUCAAGAUGGAUCACGCAUGCAAAGUGAAAUACACCUUUAACUUAGUCAGGGGACCUCGUGCAGGUGGAAAGUGUGAUUCAUGAUCUGAGAUGCAUUUCAGAGCUAAUUAAACACUACUGGUUGAAUUACUUAAAA